UAUAAGUGGACACCAACGUCCGUCUACCAUCAUUCACUCCACAUCCUCCACACGCUCCUCAUCUUCCCUCACUUGCCAGAAACAUGUGGACUAAGGCGGCCCUGGUGGUGGUGGUGGUUGGCGUGGCUCUCGCUGCCCCCUCUGACUCCUACGCCCCGCCCAGACACCAGCCCGCCUACAAUGAGGAGCUCAUGCCGUACCAGUUUGAGUACGGUGUGAAGGACGAGUACUCCGGCACCGACUUCGGCCAGAACGAAGUAUCUGACGGCAAGGCUGUGACAGGCUCCUACACCGUCCAACUCCCCGACGGUCGCAAACAGACGGUGACCUACGUGGCGGACCACUACGGCGGCUACCAGGCUGAGGUUGAGUACUACGGCGAGGCUCAGUACCCCCACGAGUACGGCCCCCCCGUCACCUUCAAGCCCCAGUCUUAUGGCCAUCCCCAGCCCUCAUACCAGCCCAAGCCCUCAUACCAGCCCAAGCCUUCAUACACACCCGCGCCAUCAUACCAACCUACACCCUCAUACCGUCCCACACCCUCAUACCGUCCCACACCCUCAUACCGCCCCACUCCCUCAUACCAUUAAGACCUUGUAUUUUAUCCCCCCUGACAUGUUCAGUGCCCACUAAAUUAUGUUUGUAUUGUAAAUAAAACUGCAGCAUCAA